GGUGGUAGGGAUAUAGGUGGGGGCAAAACAGAGAAACAAAACGUGACGAGGCACCCAAUGCGUCCUGUUAUGCAACUGCUGACCUACUAACAUACAUUUCUAAACAGAAGCAGCGAGCGGCAGGAUACUGGAGCUCCUCGCCAACACAACAACCAGGGCAAGAAUAGACGGGCUGCGUACGGAACAGCAACCGCAGAGGCUGUAGCGUGUGGGCAUCACACUUCGCCGUUUCUAUUACAAAGGCUGGACAACCAACAGACGGCAGAUAUUUGAGAUACACGCACAAAAUCCACAAACGCUGUCAAACAGCCAGGCAGAGGCUUAGAGCGCAACACACCUUCCCAAGAGGCUGACAAGCUGGGACAGACCAAGUGACCUGUAUCGUUCAACAAGCCUGUGGCACUGGGACACUUCUGUCAGCUUAACAGAGCCUUGUUGUAUAAAGGAAUACAACUAAAAACAAAAGACAACUUCUUCCUACAUCAGGAUUGUAUUGCCCAUCUUUUGGUCACUGGAUUGGAUUUGACUGACUCAGUUAAAAUCACAAAGUGUAAGAGAGGCAGAACAUUUAACUCAUUGUGGAAUUCUUUGGUUUGUUAAAUGCAGAAGACUCAUAUAGAGGUGCACCUGUUCUUGCUCUUCUUAGCCAACCUGGACACUUGAUCAUCAAGGAGUAUUAACUAAUAACUAAAGACACACAUCAACAAAAUCAAUGAGGUUCAGCUUUCCAAUAGCAACAAUACCUCAUAAAGUUUUCGCUGAUCCUGCAACUUAGUUGAAAAUUUGUAAGUCUAUUGUACGUAGGGAGAUCUUACAGGGAUUCUUGUAGGCACCUUUACCCUUUACACCAUCCCUGGUUUUUCAUUAAUUUCUGUUACCAGUGGUAGAGCCAAGAUCCCAAACUGGCUUCCACUGAGGAAUAAUGGAAAGUUUAAACUUAGAAAUCUCAACAAAUUCCAGUGUAGGCAAAGACUUAGAGAACUCCCAAAGCUUUCCAGGCUACAGCGACCUUCUCCAUUCACCUGAAAACAACCCUCGUCAGAGCCGCCUUCUCAAGCCAAAGCCAAACAUGAGCUGCCGCCGCAAACGUGAAUUCAUCUCAGAUGAGAAAAAGGAUGCGUCCUACUGGGAAAAGCGACGCAAGAACAAUGAGGCAGCCAAGCGUUCCCGGGAAAAACGCCGCCAGAAUGAUGUGGUCCUAGAGAACAAAGUUAUGGCAUUAAAUAAUGAGAACGUGCGUCUGAAAACUGAGCUUUUACAGCUUAAGCUCAGGUUUGGUCUCAUUACCACAGCGUCCUACAUGGAAAAGAGUCAGAAGAUUGGUGGAUCAGUCUAUGGAUCCUCUGGAUGCAACUCCAUAUCUUCCUCUACCACCAGUCAUUUCUACCCCAAUGAUUACUCCAAUAUUUCUCAGAUGCUGAUGAACUCUGAUUCUUCUGAAACUGAGCAGUCGGUUCGAGGGGAGGGGCAUGUGAAGAUGGUAAAAUACUCCCCACGGGGUUCCCUCUCAGAUAUGUCUGAUGGCUCCUCCCGGGACAGCCCAGAGCCAAUGAGUUAUGACAUCAAGCAGGAAGGUGUGGGACUAGAUAUGGACAUUGUCAGUAGCACCACCACACAGAUCAUGUUCAACAUCCAUUCAAGGUUGCCUGCAGUACUUCACCAGAAAUCAUUUGAACCAGAAUAUUUCAGCAACCAACAGAAACAACACCACCAGGAGAUGGGUUUAAGUCCUGUGGUGCCUCAAUCCGCUCAAAGAAGUGUCAUCCUUUACCGUUCUAGCAGUGCCUCACAUCCUGUUAAAAGCCAUGGGACUCAAGAAAUUAUUCAGAAACAACAGCAGAACCUUCCCCAUCCUACAGAGGGACUAACAGGAAGUUCCAAAAGCUUAACGGAGGUGGCAAAACUGUUAGAGAGGAAAACGUUGGACUCUCCUCCUUAUGACUAUGCAGAUAGUGAAGCAGCCGAGAGCCAAGCUUGUAGGGCCCAGCAACAGGCCCAGAGGGCUGAUGUUGCUGCUCUGGAGCUUCUACUAAGACCAGAGGAGGGAGAUGAACCACAAAUGUGUCAUCAUUCUAAUGGCACCCUAGAGGACAAUGAGCCACCAGUCUUGACCUAUGAAGGAGCCAUGACACACGAAGGGUACUAUCAGGCUCACUCAGGAAAAGACACUUCCUCAAGUGACGGAGAUCCCCGUAGCUCUGAUAAAGAGGGCUCCACUGAUGAUGAGUCACCCUCUUCCUCUUGCUCUGAUACAGGCAGCUACUGCCAUCACAUCUUCAUGACCCAGAGCUCCUUCUCACCAAGCCAAUGCAAAGAUGGCCUAGCGGAAAUCAAAGGCAUGGCGCUGCCCCACAAACUGCGACUCAAGCACAGAGCUCAGAGUAAUGGCAGAGCAACAUCUCAAGACUUGCCGACGACACCACCUGCUAACAUCCAGCCAUUACCUCAACACCCUUACUUAGCCUUGUCUCAACCUGGCCAGCAACAACAGGUUGGCAAAGAGAAGGACAGCCAGUCAAGUGCAGGGUUUUACAAGCAGGCCACCUCAACAGAGGGAGGAAGGACUGAAUGUGGAAAUGAGGAAUCCAGUGCACGUAACAAGAGACAUGACUGACUGUGGGACUCACUGAGGGCAGUAUGAAGACAUUAGAUGCCUGUUAGGCUUUGUACAAAGCCCUGAGAGACUUUUUAUGAACCCAUUUCCCCUUUAUCUGGAGGUCCUACCUAGAUCCUCUACCCUGCACCUACAGUAUUCCUUAUUUGUAUGCCCAGAGAUGAGAGGGCUGGACAUCUUCAGGGCAGAACUUUUAGAUGGAUUGUACACUAAUGUAGAGACUCACCAUAUUUGUCUGGUUUGUUUGUUUCUUUUAAUCUCCUCUUAAGCAGGACUUUUACAAAUAAAUGAAAUAGGAGGAAAACUUUUUUUAUCACACUUGCCCAUAUUUCCAGUGCUGCAGCAAGAUGUCAAUGUGACCGUGUACAUAAAAUUCAACAGCAAUAUCUACCAUAUGUGAGGCAUUGUAAUGGAUUCUUACUUGUAAAUAGGCAACUUCAAGUGCCCCUUUCAUAGUUUUUGGGCACUUUUACACACCUAAAAAAUAUCUACAGGUGGCUGUCCAUCAUCUUUAAACAUACCAAAUGCCAUAAGAUUCAGGGAAUGUUCCCUUGACCAAAGAAACAUGGCUUCAAAUUCAUGCCUCUCUUUGCUCCCUACCUCUGUUUUUCUAACUAGUGCUCCAUUUCUUUUCCCAUGUUCAACAACCCUGCUACUAUCUUUUUUUUUUUGUCCAAGCACUUGGUUUGUAAAUAAGUGUGAUAUACUUAUUAUAUAUGAAUAUAUUUUUAAGAAGAAAACAAAAAGAUUACAUAAAAACAAAAAAAAUUGGGAAAGAGAUAAAUGCUAAUGGUUUGUUAUUGUCAGAAUACUGUACGAUUUCAAUGUGUUUGCAGUUUGAAACGGCACUUAAUAUAAAGUUUUUUGUUUUUUUUUUACGUAAAUUUCCAGACAUUUUUUUUUUUUAAUUCUCCUUUUAUAGGAAAAUGACAAAAUGCCCCAAAGCCUUUACAGAUAUAUUACCAGGUUGAUUAUAAGUUUGAUGUCAAAGAUACUAAAAACAUAUUUUCUUUUUGUUUAUAGCUCAUUAAAAUGUCUGGUCUUGCAACACUACUAAGAAUUUCUCAGAUAACUUUUAGUCCUUUAAAAUAAUGAAAAAUUACCAAUUUACUUGCCCUUAUAUGUAACCUCCCUAUUUAUUUAUUUCUGCAUCCAUUGAUGUAAAAACAUGUCAAUUCACAUGAAACAAUCCAUAUGAAAGGAAUGUUGCUAUCGCAGUCUCCUUAGCUGGGGUUUAUAGGAGAACUCUACCCUGCUUACAUCAGUAUAAAUGGAUGAUUGCUAGCACUAUCUUUGACCCAAUGCCCUUUAAGCAUUUGAAGACCGCUUGUCUUGCACAUGUGCCUCAAUUUAGAGUCACAAACCCCCUUCAUUAUAUUUUUUCUAAACAAGUCUGCAUGUCAGGUCAACUUAUGGCACUUGUGUAUAAAUGUAAAAUAUUUCCUCACAACACUGUAUUGUGCUUUUUUUAAAUGAUCUGUUUGGGGGCCAAGUGUUGUCCUUUAUCACUAGCUGCGUCUUUACUUCCUGUUUACUGUGAUUAUUUAAUUGCUCAUCACAAUGUCACCUAUCCUUUUGUCUUUUCAGUGUGUUUCAAAUGAGUGAUGUUUUUUUUUUUUUUUUUUACAUUUUUCAAAAUGAAAAGUAGAAAAGCAGGCAAGCCUUGUUUUGUGUUAUUGAGUGGACAGUGACAUUGCUGAUCUGUUGCUCUGUUUUGAAAUGGAUGCAUAUAGUAAAAACACUAAUAUUCAAUGAUAGGUUUGGGUGCAUUUAAAAAAAAAUAAACAAAGGAUUUUGCA